UGUGUACACACUGUUGUCGGGUUGUCAGGUCAGUCUACGAAUUGCAGCGAAUUCGCUCAUUUGAAAAAAAUAAAACAUGGCUGGAAGAGGUGGUUAUGAACACGCUAGGGGGGGAUUUGGCGGUGAACGCCAGAUGAAGGUACUACCAACGGAACCGCCCUUUAUCGCCUUUGUGGGCAACCUGCCCCAGGGCCUCGUCCAGGGAGAUGUGAUGAAAAUAUUUCAAGACUUUGAGGUGAAGAACGUGAGGCUGGUGAAGGAUCGGGAAACGGACAUGUUCAAAGGCUUCUGCUACGUUGAAUUCGAAACGCUGGAGAAUCUGGAGCGGGCCCUCGAGUUCGAUGGACGCAUCAAACUGGACGAUCUGUCGGCGCCGCUGCGCAUCGAUAUAGCUGACCGUAGGAAAAAUGAUCGGCCCGGUGGCGGUGUUGGCGGUGGCAAUGGAGGCAUGACCCGUGAUGGUGGAAGAGACGGUUUCCAGAAGCGCGGACCGCCCCGACAGGGCGGUACCAGCCAAUCCUAUAGCCGGGGCGGUCCCGGAACUGGCGGCAACGGCGGCGGUGGUCGCGAGGGUGGCGGCGGCUCUGGUAAUCGCGCCGACAGUAGAGGUUCGUACAAUGAUAAUUAUGGUGGUCACAGUGAUAGAAGUCGAGGCGGCGGCGGCGCAGGCUCCGGCUCCGGCAGUGGCAUGAAUAGAGGAUACAAUGAUCGACCGGCGAAUCGUGGUCGGUACGGAAACUUCAACAAUGAUGAUCGGUUCGAUCGGAAUCAGGACCGUGACCGGGGGCAGCGAGAGGGCAGUUAUGGCAAUCAGUCGCGCGACAACGACCGCUACAACAACUUCAGCCGGCACCGUGACCGCGAGCGUACCCACUACAAUCCCAACCAGCAGAGUGAACGUCCUAGCGGCGGCCUUGGUGGAGGCGGCGGCGGCCUUGGUGGCAGUGGCGGUCUUGGAGGCAGCGGCAACCUCGGUGGUGGUGGUGGUGGCGGCGGUGGUGCAUCGAUUGGAGCCAUUGACGACACGGAGAGGCCACGUCUGCAGCUGAAGCCACGUACGAUUGCUGCCCCAAUCAAUGCGGUGGCCGAAACCAAGCAGUCGGCAUCCAUUUUCGGCAAUGCCAAGCCGCGCGAGGAGAAAUUGAAGGAGCUGGAGCAGAAUGUCUCUCACAAUGGCGACAUCUAAAGUGCAGGGAAUCGAUCCGCAAUAAAGCCUGAUAUGAUAUUUUGCUGGUGAGAGUGAGACAGAUAGAGCGAGAGACGGAGGGAGGGAGAGCGACAGAUGAGCGACAGCGUUGAAGGGAAGGAUGAUCAGCAGCAUCAGCAGCAGCAGCAGCAAGCAGCAGGAAGCAGCAUGCCGUAUAUAAAAACAUACUUUAAUUAAUAAUUCUACGCUACAUACCUAUUAUACACAACACGUUAUGUACUAAAUUGCAAGAAGAUGGAGAAACGAUGGUGAGCGGAGCGGAGCUAACUUAACUACAAACGAAAUGAAACAAGGAAACAACAGAGAUGAGUACAGCAGAAGCGGAAGCAGAAGUGACAGCAACCAGGAACCCAUAAACCUAAAUUUUUUCUAAUGCAUGCAGCAGCAACAAGAUCAGCAUGCUGCAACGUCUAUAAAUGUUAGUCUUAAGCUAUGUUUAGUCCCGUGCAUGUGGCGGGUGUGUGUGUGUAUGUACAGCAUGUGUGCAGUAUAUAUAUUUACUUGACGCACCACGCCAUGUGCGCGCUUCUAUUUGUUAGUUAAGUAAUGCAUAUAUAAACAAAACCAACAACAAGGACAACCAAUAACAAAAAAGAAACCCAAGAAAAAAAAGGUAAAAAACGCUGUACCAUUAAGGCAUAAAAACAGUAAACGAAAACCAGAAACAAAAGAAAAAAAAAACAAAACAAAACAAAGCAAAAAGAAAAGCAAAAAAAAAACUCGAAAAACAAAACCAAACAAAAACCCUUUUAUGACAAAACGUUCAGCGUAGCGCAGGCAGGCAAUUUAUAUACAAUUUAUAUGGCAAAA